UUUAGGGUAAUAUUUGGCUGUCUUGAGAGGCAGCAAAGGAGUGUGACAAAAAUCAGAAAACACACACACAAAAAGGAGAUGAGAGAAAGAGAGAAGUGAGUUCGUAGUUUUCAGGGCAGCCAUCAGAAAACUGCCGUUUGCCGGAGAUUCAACGGUCGGAUCGUGCUGAUUUUUGGUCAGCUUGUUUAGGAUACAUAGGGCCUCAUUUUGAACGGUUGGAUCGUCGUUUUGAGCUCUGGUUUGUCCGUGGUCGCUGCUGGACAGAACCUACGUUUUUUGGUGAUAUUCUUCAUCUCUUGUCUUUUAGUUGUUCAACUCUUAUGUAUGAAAGUGUUGGUGGGUUGUGAACCUUUGUAUGUCUGAUUUGGGUUCUUUUGCCCUCAAUUUUAUCAUAAUAAGAGAAGGUGACAAGGGUGGACUCCUCACAAGUCCCGUGGUUUUUACUCUUCACAUCGAAGGGGUUUUCCACGUAUAAUUCUUGUGUGUUGAUUGAUUUUUUGUUCUUCCGCAAUUGAUUUUAGUUGUUGUCCAUUAGUGGUUGAUUGUUAGGUUAUUUGGUUGUUGGAUUAUUAGUGGUGUAUUGGAGUUGUAUUGUUUGGUUGAUUGUCUUGGAGGUGAUCCUUGUAGGUAGUGGAUAUACUACUAGGGUCCUAUCAGUUGGUAUCAGAGCGGAGUUUAAUUUGAUCAUUGUUAUGGAGUCUACUAGCAGUAGUGGAGGUAGUUCAAUGGUUAAAUUGACAUCAACCAAUUAUUCCAUCUGGAGACCGAUGAUGGAGGAUUUGCUAUAUUGCAAAGAUUUGUUUGAUCCAAUUGAAACAACCACAAAAGUCGAUGGCACCAUAUCUAAACCUGAAAAACCAGAGAAAAUGGACGAGAAAGAUUGGGGAAAGUUAAAGAGGAAAACUUUGGGGACUAUUAGGCAGUGGGUUGAUAUUAGCAUUUUCAACCAUGCGUCUCAGGAGUCCGACCCAUAUGAUUUGUGGAAGAAAUUAGAAGGUCUUUAUGAAAGGAAGACCGCACAUAACAAAGCUUCAUUAAUCAAGAGACUUGUUAAUUUGAAAUUGUAAGGUGAAAAGUCUGUUUCUGGGCAUUUGAGUGACUUUCAGGAUAUUAUUAAUAAGCUGACUACUAUGAAGAUUAUUCUUGAUGAUGAAUUGCAGGCUUUGUUCUUGUUGAGUUCUUUGCCAGAUAGUUGGGAAACCACUAGUAGAAAAAACCCCUGUUGCAACCCCCUUGUUGCAGCGUACAUGUAAUAAUACGCUUCAACAACCAGUAGGUCAACGCGGGUCAAACUUUAUAAAGGGUUGUUGCAGCGUACAAAUUAAUUGCCCGCAGCAAGAGAGUUUUUUGCAGCGUACAAAAUAAAAGCCCCCUGCAAUAGCCCAUUUAUUUUGCAGCGUACAGAUAAAAGCCCGCUGCAAUAAAAAAAUUUCGCUGCAAAGCUAAUUAAGAAAAACAUUUCGGAUCUCAAACCUAAGGACGCUCAUACUCCCUCUUCUUCCCUCAGCUUUCCCUGCGUACUCUCUCACCUCCUCAUUCUUCUUCUUCUUCAUCUGCUCUCUUUCUCUCUCCUAAAUCCCUUCUUUCUCCGCCUGAACCACCACCUUGAAUUCUGUCGCUGCCCUACCCCCUCCCAUCGUCAUCCCCGCAGUUCCUUCACUCCACCACACUCAAUUUUACAUCUUAUCUUUCGCUUCAAGAAAUUUGAAAGGGGUGACGUAAAAAAUGGGAACCCGAGAAGUGUACGAGGAGAAGCUUCGAACUGGAAAUGUGUAUCACCAUGAUCCCACCAUUAAUCCUGGCCUCGGCACCCCUCGCUGCCCCCGUUGUCUCUUUCUCCUCGACUCCGAUUCUAAAAAUGGUGAAUGGACAAUUACUUCUGUCUUGCACGAUGCUACAGCUGUGGUAUGCUCUCUCUCUUUCUCUUUGCUUAUACCCAGAUAAGCCUUCGAACUCAGCCGCCUUCGAAAUUGAGGAGGUUCCACUUUUCAACAUAAUGAACAAGUUUGACGGGGAGACCAUAACAGAAGUCGUGCGUCCUCAAAUAGCUAGGAUGCGAUAUCGUGUAACUAAACUGCCACCUUACAUUAUUGUGCACAUGCAGCGUUUCACGAAGAACAACUUCUUUGUUGAGAAGAAUCCCACCCUUGGUCUACACUCCGAGGAUUGCGCCUUAUGCGAGGAAUUUGAUGUGGUUCGUGAGCAAUGGGCUAAGUUUUUUACCAACAAGUAUUUAUUAUUGGCUUUAGCGCGCUUGAUCGAGUUGGUUUAGUUGUUAUAGAAUAAAUUUUAUAUUAAAAUGUAUGUUUAUGUUGAAAUUGGAACAUAUAUUUAAAUGUAAUAUGUGCACUUUGGUUUUGGGA